AUGGAAGAAGUAAAGCUACCGGUUGACCAAGUAGACAUUAUAAUUUCUGAAUGGAUGGGUUACUUUCUUUUAUAUGAAUCAAUGUUAGACACAGUCAUAGUUGCGCGUGAUAAAUAUUUGAAACCUGGUGGCAUGAUAUUUCCUGAUAAAGCCACAUUAUUUCUUUCUGCCAUUGAAGAUGGAGAAUAUAAAGAAGAAAAAAUUGGAUUUUGGGAUAAUGUUUAUGGCUUUGACUUUAGUUCAAUCAAAUCAGUUGCUCUUAGAGAACCAUUAGUGGAUGUUGUUGAUUAUAAAGCUAUAGUCACAAAACCAAAUGCUAUAAAAAGAUGA